AGGUAAGGAAACACGGAUUUAAUGACACGGGCAGAAAACAAUAACAACAACCCACAAAAUGCUUAGAGCCAUUUAUUCUAAACUUAUAGAUGGAAUCACGGCACUCUUUACCUGGAGGUCCAGUGAGGUGAAGAGUCCCGCAUCGUUGACAGCAGAAGUGGAAACAGAGCAGUGCCGACCUUUCUACGAUUCAGAAUCUGAUGACGAGUCGUCCUGUGCCACGUUGAGUACAGCCAGCCAGCACCUGGCCAGGUUCACCGACAAACCCUACUUCUUAGAGCGCAACGUUGAUUCCGAUUCAGAUCAGGAGCGAGGGUCUUCUGUCGCAGCUUCAACCGAAAAGAAAAUGAAAGUGUCAGAUUGUGUCAAAGAUUGUGUCAGUGAUC